AUGUUUAUUUCACAAUUGAAACGCCUGCUCCUGGCUGGGUUGGCUUUAUAUAAUGUCACUGUCAGUGCGUCAGUACUUCAGCCAACUCCUCCAAUGGGUUUCAAUAAUUGGUCAGCAUUCAUGUGUGGCCUCAACGAAUCGUUAUUUGUGGAAACAGCUCAGGCGAUGGUAGAGAAGGGCCUACUUGCGGCAGGUUACAACCGGCUCAAUCUAGAUGACUGUUGGAGCCAGGGGAGUCGAGAAUCCAACGGAAGCCUUCUAUGGAACCCUGAAAAAUUUCCACACGGUCUUCCAUGGUUGACCAGCUAUCUGAAAAGCCUAGGUUUUGAUUCAGGAAUCUAUACCGAUGCCGGAAUCAACAGCUGUGGUGGGUAUCCGGGUUCAUAUGGGUAUGAAGAGCUUGACGCCAAAUCUUUUGCCUCUUGGGGAUUCAAUUACCUCAAAGUUGAUGGCUGCAAUAUGCCUGUCGCAACAGAACAAGAGUAUGAGCUUGUUUACGGCCAUUGGCAUGGUAUCUUAAGUGCAAUGGAGCACCCUCUUAUCUUUUCAGAGUCAGCCCCGGCAUACUUUGCGGAGCAGGACAACUUGACUGAUUGGUAUACUGUGAUGAACUGGGUCCCAAAAUAUGGACAGCUUGCCCGUCACUCCCGUGACACACUGGUCUUCAACUCAACUUCAUACUGGCCCGAUAUCACUGGAUGGGACUCUAUCAUGUUCAACUAUGGACAAGAGGUACGAUUGGCACGAUAUCAGAAGCCUGGGUACUUUAACGAUCCUGAUUUCCUGAUAGUUGACCACUUUGAUCUAUCACUGAGUGAGAAGAGGUCACAUUUUGCUAUCUGGGCCUCACUCUCGGCCCCUCUCAUUAUCAGUGCUGAUAUUCCGGCAUUAAGUGCAGAUGAGAUUGCUUAUCUCACGAAUAAAGAUCUAAUUGAUGUCAAUCAAGACUCACUGGCAUUGCAAGCUACACUUGUUAGCCAAGAUGGUACCUGGGAUGUUUUGACCAAAAAUUUAGCCAAUGGUGAUCGACUUCUCACUGUUAUCAAUCGAGGUAACUUGACUGCCAGCUACAAAAUACCAUUUCAAAGGAUUGGAAUCUCAGCUUCGACAGUCAAAGCAAAAGACCUAUGGACAAAAAAAUCAGUAUCCACAUCUAAAGUAGUCACAGCCGUCAAUGUUCCUUCUCACGGUACUGCAGUAUAUCGGAUUUCUGCUGGGUAUGGAGAUCUGGACGUCAAACUCACUGGUAUGAUUUUCAACACAGCAUCACUAAAGGUUCUCACAUACUCUCAUCAGGGUUUAGCAUGGGCGCUAUCUGUCGGAUCCGAUGGGCAAGUAUGGCAAGUAGAUGACGAUGGUACUAUCAAGGGAAUAUUUGAUACUUCCAAGUGUCUAACGGAUCUUGGAGGUGGAAAGGUAUCACUAAUUGCUUGUUCUGGGAACAAGACUCAGAGAUGGGAGUACUAUGUUACUGGGAAUGUUGUUGGCCUUAAUACCGGGGCAUGUUUGGCUGAGAAUAAUCAUGGUGAUGUUGUAACGGCGAAGUGUCAGUUUGAAACUAACAGUCAGGUGUUUGGUCUACCCAGUGGAAUUAACGUCAUUGGACAAUGA